AUGAGACCAAUUAUGAUGAUGGGGCACGAGCGUUCCCUAACGCAAGUGAAAUACAACCGCGAAGGCGAUUUGAUCUUCACCUCCGGUAAGGAUAAAGUUGCUUCCGUUUGGUAUUCCGCAAAUGGUGAGAGACUAGGUACUCUAGAAGGCCACAAAGGUACCAUUUGGUCGAUUGAUGUUGAUGAACACACUGACUACGCAAUUACCGGUAGUGCAGACUUCAGUAUUAAAGUUUGGAAGGUUCAAGACGGGUCCAACGUUCAUACAUGGGAGGUAAAAACACCGGUGAGGAGGCUAGAAUUCUCUCCGAACGGUGAUAAAAUUCUGGCCGUGUUGGAUAGUGUUAUGGGCUACGAAGGUUCUAUUUCCAUCUUCACCGUAGUCAGAGACGCCGACCAUAAAAUUGUUAAAUUUGAAGAGGACCCAGUGGUCGAAAUCUUAACUCAAGAAGGGUGCGAACCAGUUCAGGUCGCCUCGUGGUCCUACAACGGUAAGUAUAUCGUAGCUGGACACCGCGACGGUUCCAUCAGCAAAUAUGACGGCAUUACUGGAGAAUUUAUACAAAUGGAGCAGCUUCACAAGCAACUCAUCACGGACAUCCAGUUCUCUCCUGACCGCACAUACUUCAUUACCGCUUCCAGAGAUAGCAAUGCCUACCUAGUGGACGUUGAGACCUUAAAGGCUUUAAAAACCUACGAGGCAGACUGUCCUUUGAACAGUGCAUGCAUCACGCCGCUAAAAGACUUCGUCAUUCUCGGUGGUGGUCAGGACGCGAAGGAUGUCACCACAACCAGUGCACGUGAGGGUAAGUUCGAAGCUAAGUUCUACCACAAACUCUUCCAAGUCGAAAUCGGCAGAGUCGAUGACCAUUUCGGUCCUGUCAACUACAUUGCCGUCUCUCCUCAAGGUACCUCUUACACAUCUGGAGGUGAAGAUGGUUUCGUAAGACUUCAUCACUUCGACAAAAACUACUUUGACUUCAAGUUCGACGUAGAAAAAAGCGUCGACGCACAAAAAACAGUCGAAGCCUUCACUGCUAACUAG